AUGGAAGAUGAAAUGCAAGUUGGCAAUGGUGAGCGUGCAAAGGACUUUAAGCAGGCCCUACACAGUGUCAGCCGAGCAGUUCACAAGAGCAAGGUGAUGCCUAGGCAGAUCAGGGAUUCUCUGUCUACUGAGCGCCCGCCUGCCGGCUCCACAGCAGCGGAUUUUGCUGCACCAGAAGACACAGCAGAGCAGACCUUCCUCCGCCCACAGCGCCGACGUCGAAAGCUCCUAGGCUGGUGGCUCCACUGGCUGCUGGACGUCCCGACUCUCCAGACCCGCCGGACUGGCGGCCAGUGUCAUUACACCGCCGCUGCCUCAGGUCUUGGGCCGCAGAGCCACCCGGCCAACCGGCCUCUGUCUGCAGCGCUCUCUGGCCUUCCUCCCUGCACCAGCGCACGUCGGAUCACGUGUGGGCGCUGUCACGUGACACGAGGUCACGUGAGACGGUCGCGCACGAGCCGCUGGGCUGGGCUUCCGGGGCUCUGCAGUCCUGACGCACGGGGGCGGCCUCGGAGCCCACCGAGCCUGCAGGCUGGGAUGAUGAACCGGAUGACCCCCGACCAGGAGCGGGCGCCGGCGUCCGAGCCCGUGUGGGAGCGGCCGUGGUCGGUGGAGGAGAUCCGCAGGAGCAGCCAGAGCUGGUCGCUGGCAGCCGACGCGGGCGAACACACGCCCGUCUUGGCCCCGGAGAAUGCCAGCCUGGCAGCUCCCGGCCACCGGGGAGAGGGGCGGACCCGGACUGCGGCCCAGACGCGGCGUUCACUUCAUUGGUGUUUCUGGCAGUGCCGCUCAGCUCCAUCCAGAGGGGAGAUCCGUUUUCCCUACGCUGAGAGAUUGCUCGGACACUAGGGAGGCGAUUCUUGUUGGGACCUGGACUAAGUGGGGUGGGAGACAAGCCAGUAUGUGGAUAUCCUUUAGUGAGAUUCUUCGCGUCGGGGGCCCAGGAAGCUCCUUCAGAGCUGUAAUUCCAGAGUCCUAAAUGAAUAGGAUUUUUGAAUGAGAGUGGUGGCUGCUUAUCUAACCCCUGCUCUGUGAUCUUUGUAGACUGACAACCAAAGAGGACUUUUUAAAAGAGACAGGGUUUUGCCCUGUCGCCCAGGCUGGGGUGCAGGUGGUUCAAUCUUAGCUCACUGCAUUCUCCGGGGCUCAGGUGAUCCUCCUACCUCAGCCACCUGAGUAGCUGAGACUAUAGGCGGGCUCCACUGCACCUGGCUGAUUUAAUUUUAGUAAAGAUGGGGGCCUUGCUAUGUUGUCCAGACUGGUCUCCAGCUCCUGGCCUCUAGCGAUCACUCCGCCUCAGCCUCCCAAAGUGCUGGGAUUACAAGGCAAGCCACCAUACCGUUAGCUUACUGCCACCCUUUUGAUGAGCUUUGUUAGUGAUUCUCAAUGUCCCUUGGAUU